AUUUAUUUUUUUGUUUUGUUUGAAAUUAUUUGUUUUUUUUUGUUCCCCACCUUUUUCAUAGUUACGAUACAUACACACACAUACACAUACUUCGUUGGUAGAUCUUAUUAAAAAUUUCAUUAUUGGUGUACAAAAAAAGUAUCGGCGCCAUGUUGAUUUGUGCAACAGAGAAGAAGAUUGACAUACGAAAUUAUUAAUAAGAGAAGAAGAGAGGGAGAGAGAGUGUGUGGAGAAAGAGAGGGAAACGAGGAUGGUAGAGAGAAAGUAACGAAGAUGAAGAGGAGAGAGAUGGAACGAUAGUUUUCGAAAGGAGGAAACGUGUCUUUAACAGCAAGAAAGAGAAAGAGAAAGAGAAACAUAUAUCUAUAUAUAUAUACGUCAAGUAUAACUUUGUGUACGAAGAAAAAGAAAGUUUCUUUAAGAAAAACCAGCUGUAAAGUGAAAAACAAAACAAAAAUAACAAUCGGAAAAGAAGAGAGUUUUGUUGCAGUUUUUUUUUGUUAAUUUUCUUUCCUUUUUUUUUUUUUAUUAUUUCUUUGAAUUUUGUUUCCCUCCAUCUUGGAUCUUAGAAUGGAUGAAUCUGGUAUCGAUAUGGGAUUCGAUCUCGCUGCUCUUAAUGAUAUCGAUACGAAUGAUCAACAUGGAUUUGGUGAUGACGAUUUUGAACAAGCACUGUCACUUCUGUCAACUACUACGAAAGAUUUUAUGUAUUACGAAUUGAAGAGUCGUGCUCCUGACACCGGCAGUCCACCAACGUUUAAAACCGCAACACCGACGUCGCGUACGCAAUUGAAAUUGCAGUUGAUGCGAGAACAGUUGCAAGAACAAGAAAGACGUGAAGCUGAAUUUCGGCAAAGCUUGCAACAACAAAGACCAGCAGCUGCACAUCCCAGGCCUGUACCUCCUACACCUUUGUCUACCAUUGGCGUCGAUGUACCACCACAAGUUUUACAAGUGAGAACGUUAUUGGAAAAUCCAACGAGGUAUCACGUGGUACAAAAGCAAAAAAAUCAAGUAAGACAAUACCUUCAAGAAUCCUUUCGUGGAAUUGAUUGUGGUGGUACAGGAGUAAAUAAUGGAUUAUUGGGUAGUGUUGGUAACGAUAGUAGUAUCGGUGGUACACCGAUUGAUAUUGGUGUGAUACCAGUAACAACAACAACAACAACAACAACAGCAGCACCGAUUGUACCAAUGGUGGUACACAGUGCACCACCAGGACCAACGGUUCAUCAUCAAAAACCACAGCAUCCACAUUUAGCUUCUUAUCCACGUGUACCAGGAAUUUUGUCUCAUGGUAAUCCUGUAUCAGCUAGUCCAGAUCCAACAACUGGUGCCAUGUCUCCAGGACUUUCAAGUGUUGCUACGAGUAAUUCUGAGGCGGAAGAUCUCCUGGACGAUAUCCUGUCGUUCGAGGCUGGAUCCUUGGGCGAUGGAUUAAAGGAUAAUCAUGGUGGUAGUCUUACAAAUUUACCGGAUCUUCAAAUUAAACCGGAACCACUUUUGUUAACCGAAGCUGAGAUCCAUGCAUUGGCAAAGGAUAGACAGAAAAAGGAUAAUCAUAAUAUGAUCGAACGACGAAGGCGUUUUAACAUCAACGACAGGAUCAAGGAGCUUGGCACCCUCCUACCAAAGACCAAUGACCCUUAUUACGAAAUAGUAAGGGACGUUAGGCCAAACAAAGGAACGAUAUUAAAAUCAUCCGUGGAGUAUAUUAAAUUAUUGAAAAAUGAACUGACGAGAAUGAAACAAAAUGAAUUGAGGCAUAAACAAUUGGAACAUCAAAAUCGUCGUUUAUUAUUACGCGUGCAAGAAUUGGAAUUACAAGCCAAGGCACACGGACUUCCAGUUUCCGAUUUCAAUUGGGCAUCUACGUCUGGCAGCAUACUCAACCCUUUUCCAAGGAGUAAGCUCGAGCAACGAAAGGUACACAUUCCAGAUCUCGUAACUGAAGAGACAACAACAACAGCACCACCACCACCAUCAUUGAGUAUGUCACAAUUUGAGGAUCUCAUGGAGGACGACACUAGUUGUCCGGUUCAUGGUGGUGAUCCAAUGUUGUCCUCCCCACAUUUACCACCAUUGAGUCCACCUGCAGCAGUUGCUUGUCAUCAUGGUUUACCAGACGAGGAUACGUUAGGUAGUUUGACGGCAACCACUUCGAAUUCUUCCUCGGACAUGGACAUAGUCGCGUAGCCAAGAAGAAAUGUCAGCCCUUUAUCCCUUCGAUCUCAAGUUCGUCUUAGUUUCAUCAUCCUGACAACCACCACUACUACCACUACCUGCUGGUGGUGGUGUUGGUUGUGGUGGUGGUCGUUUUCAUCGAUGAACAAACAUUCGAACCUUCCACCCUCAACCCCCGACACCUACACCUGAACCCACUCCACUUCUGUAGCCCUUAUAUUCCUCCUUUUUUAUCUCAUGAUCAAACCACUUUCAACUUUUUCUCAUCCACCACCAACACAUCUUACUAUACUAUUACUAUUACUAUUACUACUACUACUAUUUCUCCAUUACUUCGUCCUAUUGGUGGUUGUUAUCAUCCUGAUCUUCUUUGUCGAGGUCUUCUUCUUCUUCUUCUUCUUAUCGGAUUCCAAUGUCGUUCCUGUGACGAUCACAGGAAAAAUUUUCUUCCAAGAUCAGAAAAAGAAGUCAAACAAAAAGAAAGAAGAAGAAGAAGAUGAUGAUGAUAAUGAUAA